AUUCUCUCCAUAUUCAGAGUCUCUUGAGAAACGAAAAACAUCGACAGAUGGCAAAGAUCAUGUUAUGAUUGAUAAUUCUAAUUAAAUUAAUGUACUCCAAUCGCAAGAGUUGAUUUAGUAACAAAAGUGUAGACACAUAUCUGGACAUUAAAGAAAAUACUUAAAGUCUCGUAUAAUUUCGGUUGAUCUAUGAAUAGAAAAGUUUGAAAAUAAUUGAUAAAAAUCGUAGUCGGUUGCGGGCCACGAGGGGGGGUGAGAGCAAAAAAAAAAGUUUGUGUGCAUCGAAGAGAGAUACAGUGAAUUGUAGAGGGGACGAAUGAAACAUGGCGUUUGUUUCUUUCAUAUGUUCCGAAAAUUCUAUUCGUUAAUUGAUUUUUUUCACCAGUGUUCACAUCGAUGACGCGUGUGCCACAUCCCUGGAUAAUAGAAAAAUAUCCACCAUUUGGACGCUAGAAACGUGGUGAUUAAAGUGCGAGGGAUUGAGUUGAAAACUGGAGUGAAAAAAAAUAAUAUAAAACAUCUACAGGGAUCAAACAAAUCGUUGGCGCAUUGUCGCCUCACCUCCAUAUCCGACAAUUAAUAAAAACGAAUUUAAUUACUCGGUGGAGGAGGUGAAGAGGAAGAGUUGGGGAGAAUCAUCGAAUUAUGAAGAGGUAUUGCUGCAAAUGUGACUAUUGGAAUGCAGAUAAUUUAUGAGAUAUCGAGGGAAAAAUGACGUCACGAAGUUACACAAAAUCAUACAGUCGUAAGGUGAACAGUGUUACACCAGGUAGUAUACAAUUUGACAAGCUAUUUCGUGAGAAUAGCAAUCGACCGUCUGCUGCUAAAUCAGCUGGCACUGUUGGAAAAUGGGGGAUCACGUCCUUCACGUCUAUUCGCAGCACCAACAUCAACGGUCGGCGAGAUGACAUUCAGCGGACUUUUGGGGCGAAAAAGCCCAAACUGGACUAUUCCAAUCAGAACGCUCAAGUCCCUGCCAGCGACCCCUUCUCCUUCGACACCGAUCUGGACCCGAAGCCCUCGACGCCCUCACCGGCAGUUCCAAAGCCAAAAAAAUUCUUCAAAUCCCGAAACACCCCAGCUCCCACUCCCACCCCGGCCCCAUCACCUUUACCCACCCCGGUACCCGAGGAGCCGCGCUCCGAUUCAACCGUCUACCGUCAAGUACCUGACUCCCAAUAUGUCCGUAAAUCAAAACAGCCGGCUCCAAAGCCCCCGAAAGUCCCUCCCCCCCGUAAGAUCAGCGAGAGCCUGGACGGAAGUUCCAGUGACACAUCGAUCCCCAGGGAUGACAAGCCCCCGAUAGUCUUGAGAAUCUGCAAGGGAACAGCACGGCUCCUCUCCGGAGACAGCCAAGAGCCUCACGACGAUCCUGACACCUACAGAGUGACGACACCUGUCAGUCCCACCAAGAGCGAGCCCGAUCGCAAGAGUUUCAGCCCCGAAACAUCGAGACCAGAGAGGCCAGAAAGAUCGACAAGAUCCCACCAUCAACACCAACCAAUAGUGACGACUGUCUCGAUCCCCCUAGACAAUCCGGAGCUGUCUACCCGCCGAACAACUCGUAGCCGAGCUAAGAACCUCAAUCUCGAGCUGACUGCGGCCCCUGCGGUCCUCUCAUCACCGCCUCCAACGACCCCGACCUCCAGGGAGAGCUCCGGGCUGUCGUUAACCCUCAGAAAAUCCAUCACCGAUUCCAACAACACAUCGAUCUCCCACUACGACAUCGUUAAGACUGACUGCACGAGUUACAAACCAAUAGUCGAGCCACUCAUCGGAAGGGAUCAGCCACUGCCAACCACCACUCAGGAGCUCAUCGACAUCCUGUCGAGUGAUAACGAUAUCAGGGAUCGAAGCACUCAGGGUGCCGAACCCCCUGCCGAUUCUGGGUACACUCAGGAACCGGAGCCAUAUCAGCAGCCAGAGCCGCCACCUGAGCCAGUCCCCGAGGAGCCACUUCCCACCGACGAGAAGUCAUCAGCGAAGACCCUCCUGGAUCAGGAUUGGUUCUCAGGUUCUGAAGACUCCGAGGCAGCGAGUGGUAACACCGAGCCCCCGACCAACGUACCGAGUCCCUCCGAUCCUCAGUCCCAGGUGAACGUCAAUCCCCCGGUGAAGCCAGUCACCAAGAAGGGAAGCAUCUUCAAGAGCAGAUCAACAGGUGCGACGAAUGGCAACAAACGUCGAGCCCUGUACAAGCACAAAUGGUGUGACAAUGAUAAAGAGUCAAUUACUCCAGAGGCAGUCACGGCUCCAGCAGCACCCAAUGCUGCGUCAGGAUCGGGCGCCUCAGGCCAGGUGACAUUCGACGAAGAGCUGGAGGAAGCUGACAAGCUGACUAGAGUCGUCACAUAUCCUGAGACAGACAUGGACUUCAACGAGGACGCCGAGGCCAUCACCAGCAUUCGUUGUGGCAAGAGAGUUAAAGGUUUUUAUACUGUUGUUAAAAAUGUUAAGAAGGCACAUCAGAUACAGGAGAGUGGAGAAUUUCAAGAGUUUAAUGACGAUGUUGAGUAUAUUCUGGACACUCUGAGGGAGAACAAUCCCAACGCCACCAGGUGCUUAUCAGCUAUAAGAUUGGCGAGCAAGUGCAUGGCACCAGCAUUCAGAAUGCACGUGAGAGCACACGGUACUGUCGCUAAAUUCUUCAAGGCCCUCCACGACGCCACCAAGGACCAGAGCCUGGGAUUGUGCACAGCAACAGUGAUGUUUGUCCUCAGCCAGGACCGCCUCGCAAUGGACCUGGAUAGAGACUGUCUGGAGCUGAUGCUCAGCCUCCUGGAGUCAGACGCCAGUCACAAGGAUGCUCUUGAUGAUUGUGGACUCAGUCGUGCUGAACUUCUCAAGAAUAAGGAGAAGGUGAGGCAGCUUUGCGCUGAUAUUCAAGCUCAGGGUCAUGCGAAACACCUCAAUCUGGAUAAUAUCACUGUGGGACAGCUGGCCAUGGAAACACUCCUCAGUCUCACCUCGAAGAGAGCGGGCGAGUGGUUCAAGGAGGAGCUCAGAGAGUUGGGAGGACUCGAGCAUAUCGUCAAGACCAUUAAGGAGUGCUAUCGGAAUAUUGUCUCCAGUGAUGUCACCAGUGCCGGCUGGGACGAGCCUGUUCUUGAUAAAUUGAGGAAGGUUGACAGGUGUCUCAGGGUUUUGGAGAAUGUCACACAGAAAAAUGAGGAGAAUCAGAACUAUCUGCUGAAGUAUGACGAUGGAGUGCUUGUCUGCACUCUGUCAAAUCUGUAUUAUCUCUGCGGACAGGAGAUCACGAUUUAUCCUAUUGUUGACAUCAGCGAUAAAACCAGCACUGGUGCUGUCAUCAGGGAGUGCAUCAUCGCUAUUCUCAAUGUGCUGAUUAAUCUCACUCAUCGGUUUAACAAGCAGUCUUUUGGCAGCAAAUCGUUAGGCUCCCUCAAUGGCGUUAUUGAUUGCAGUUUGAAUCUCUUACUACGUGUGCCAGAGUCUCUCCCUGAAGAGAAGCGCUUCGAUAUGAUGAUGCUGACACUUAUAUUGUUGAUUAAUUUGGUGGAACAGUGUGAUGAUAACAGGAAGAUGCUCAUGGAGUCGAAGGCACCACCUUCCUCGGAGGACAUCUUUGAUCGUCCAGAGAGUGGAGUGGAGGCACUCAUCGAUUUAUUCUACAAACAAGAGGAACUAGCCAUCAGCGAAGAGCAGAAAACCGACGCUAUUCUGGAUGGAAAGAAAGACUCCGAGCAGACAGAGACUGUUACCACAACUAAAGAGUCGCAGGACGAGUUCAUUGAAAAGACUGUACAAAAAUUGCUGCAGAAGGCUGGUCGACACAUGGAGCACACGCUCAUUGGUGCCUACGUAGUUCUCUUACUGGGAUAUUUAAUUAUGGACAACAAGGACUAUGAAACUUUGGUGCGGGGGAAGAUUCCGGGGAAUAAUUUCUCGACAAUGGUGGCUGUCCUCCAGAAGUUCUACAAUUUUAUGAAUUUAACAGUAUCGAAUGAGGCUAGCAGUUGUGGUAUCCAAGCAACAGACAAAGUCAUCAAGUUCCUAAAACUAUCAGACGCUCGAAUCGAGGAGGAGAGUAAUGCAUUGCCAUUGCCAGCACUGGAGGAAUCAAGUAUUAUGCUCGACUUACCCUCAUCCUGAUCGCAGCCAUGACCAUUGUGCGUAACGCGACAGCAAAUGGCGAAUGAAAGUUGUCCAGGGGCUGAAUUAAAACGCAAUUAGAUAAAUUAAACGACACAAACAAUGAAACUAUUGUUUCACGACGACCACCAUAUAUUUUGAUAUAUAUUUAUUCAUCCACAUAAUUUAUUGCUGUACGAUUUAUCACUCUGUUUCCACGAUUUUUUUUUCUUUUUGCAAGAUCUAUUCAACUCUGGAAGCCUCAACGCUCUCGAUUACUUGUGUAUUUUUUAAAAAUUUGAAAAUUAGUCGUUACUUAAAUAAAAUGCAAAAUAGGAUUGAGAACCCAUGAAUCUACGAAAAUCAUUUGUACGUAAUUGCGGGUCCAUUAUUAUCGAAUGUUCGAUUUAUUGUUCAUAAAAAUCAUGCGAUGGGGGAGAAACGUGAAGGUGGUUAUCAAAUCGGCGAAUUUCGCACGCAUAAUCAUUGAUCUUGAGCAUCUUGCCCCAAUAAAUAAAAAUCAAUUAUUGUUAAUGAGAAAAAAAAUGUUCUUUUUCAUUUUCUGAGUCGUUUGAGAAUUAUUAAACGAGGACAACUCAAUGGUUUUUGAGAUAUUUCAGAGAGACGAACGUAGGCCACUGAUUAUUCGAAUGAUAGUGUUAUGCAGUCUAAGUUUAUUUUAAUAUUAAAGAUGAAAGAAAAUCAUAAAUCUAAGUUAUAAGCAUUGUACAUGUAAAUUUAUAAAUUAUAAUUAUUGUACCUUACAUAUUAAAAAAAAUGACAAACCAAUUAA